GUACCACUUUCUCAUGACCCGUACAUUCGUGCAUAUACUUGUACAAACAUUCAAUUCUUGCUUCGGACUCCGUAUUCUUCGACUCUCGCUUACCUCUUGUGCAUCUUACCUUACCGACACAUCGUAUCGCGUACUCCGUACAAAUUUCCAUAACACUCUUGCGGCCACACCAAAUAUCCUUUCUGCAUCCUUCACCUUAAUAGAGUCAACACCUGACUCUUCUGCCGUCAACAACACAGACAUAUUUCUAGAAGACCACGCCCAUUACGACAUGCAGAGAUAGGACAAAGUACCUCGAAGAGGUUUCCCAUUCCGCAAUAAGCAAAAUAUGAACCCAAGCGGUCAGGGAGAAUUGCCCGCCGGCGCAUCAGCCUUCCAAGAGAACUUAGAAGAAAAGCAGAGAGCAGAGCUGGGUAUUGCGACUGAUCAGGAGAAGGAUGUAGGGUUGUCACAACACAUUCCAUCGACACCGACACAGACCUCUCCUGGGUCCCCCGCAGGCUCUCUCAACUCACCGGCGUCUUCGUCGUCGAAUGCAGAAACUCCUCCAGACCUCAGAAAGUAUGAUUCCAAGAUUGUUCAGGUACGAGAUGUCCCCGAGGGAGACGCCGCUCUUGCGCACUUGCCGGAAGAUGAGCGGGAAGUGUUGAGGAAACAAUUGGCGACACCUGCUGUUCAGGUGACGUACAAGAGUCUAUAUCGAUAUGCCACUAAAUGGGACAUGGUUUUUAUUGUUAUAGCUGCGCUCGCCGCCAUUGGGGGCGGAGCUGUUAUGCCGCUGAUGACCGUUAUUUUCGGAAAUCUCAGUGGUUCCUUUCAGGGACUGGUCCUGGGCAAUCUCUCUGAAGACUUCGACUCCAUACUCGUUCGCUAUGUGCUAUACUUUAUCUACCUUGCCAUCGGCGAGUUCUGUCUCAUUUACACCUCAACGGUUUUGUUCAUCUAUACUGGCGAGCACAUCACGGCCAAGGUCCGAGAACAGUACCUCAGGGCGAUCCUUCGACAGAAUAUCGGCUUCUUCGAUAAAAUCGGGGCCGGAGAAGUGACCACACGUAUCACUGCCGACACAAAUCUUGUCCAAGAGGCUAUCAGCGAGAAGGUUGGCUUGACCCUAACAGGUGUGGCCGCUUUCUUUGCCGCAUUUGUCAUUGGCUUCGUCAAAUUUUGGAAACUUACGUUAAUAUGUAUGUCGUCGGUGGUUACUAUUGUUGUCAUCAUGGGUGCUGGUGGUCGCUUCAUGGCUGGAUGGAACAAGAAAUCUCUCGACUCUUACGCUGUGGGUGGAUCCGUGGCAGAAGAAGUGCUAGCGUCCAUCCGCAAUGCGGCUUCAUUCAACACUCAAGAUAAGCUGGCCAGAAGAUACGAUGUACAUCUCCAGGAAGCCAGACGGUGGGGCGUUCGCAGCAAGGGAGCUCUAGCCUGCAUGAUUGGAACCCUCCUCUGCAUCAUCUUCUUGAACUAUGGACUGGCCUUCUGGAUGGGUUCACGUUUCCUCGUGUCAGGCGAAACAACCCUUGCUCAUAUCCUUACUAUCAUCCUCGCCGUUAUGAUUGGUGCAUUCUCAUUCGGCAAUGUAGGACCAAAUAUUCAACACUUCGCAGCAGGCGUGGCGGCCGCCGCAAAGAUAUACGGUACUAUCGACAGAGACUCGCCCAUAGACCCAUUGUCCGAGGAUGGUGAAAGACUGGAAAAUGUCCAAGGCACUGUGGAGCUUCGAAACAUCAAGCACAUCUAUCCUUCUCGUGCUGAAGUCGUGGUCAUGGAAGAUGUCAACCUAGUCAUCCCUGCAGGAAAGGUCACCGCUUUAGUUGGCGCUUCUGGAAGUGGCAAAUCUACAAUUGUUGGCUUGGUCGAACGAUUCUACGAUCCUGUGGGUGGCAAGGUUUUCCUCGAUGGACACGAUAUCAGUACAUUGAACCUGCAUUGGCUUCGCCAGCAGAUUGCUCUGGUCCAACAAGAACCGAUCUUGUUCAGUCAAACCAUCAGAGAGAAUAUUAGAAAUGGUCUCAUCGGUUCACCAUACGAGAACGAGCCUGAAGAGCAACAAACAGAACGUAUUUACGAAGCAGCUCGGAAAGCGAACGCCCACGAUUUCAUCUCUACGCUUCCGGAGGGAUAUGAGACUCACGUCGGCGAGCGGGGGUUCUUGUUGUCAGGUGGUCAGAAGCAACGUGUCGCAAUUGCCAGGGCAAUUGUCAGUGAUCCGAAGAUUCUUCUUCUAGAUGAAGCAACAUCGGCUCUGGACACUAAAUCCGAAGGGGUGGUCCAGCACGCGUUAGAAGAGGCGUCCAAAGGUCGUACUACUAUCGUCAUUGCACAUCGCUUGUCGACAAUCAAAACUGCGGACAAUAUUGUCGUAAUGCAGGCCGGACGCAUCAUCGAGCAAGGCACUCAUGACCAGUUAUUGGAACUGAAGAAGGCAUACUAUAACCUAGUAUCUGCCCAGCGUAUCGGUGGAGAUGAUGAAGACCAGUCCGAGAACGAAAAAGGGACUGAAAUGAGUGACGACGAGCUGCUUCGUGUCCAAUCGUCGAAAUCUGGCCGCAAUCCGAUGAUCGAUCCUGAAGACGAGAAGCUCGCUCUCGGCAGAACAAGGAGCCAGAAGUCGGUCUCCUCCAACGUGCUCGCAGACAGAUCGUCUGGACGUGAGCCAGUCUACUCUCUAUGGACGAUCAUGAAAUUCAUCGCGAGUUUCAAUGCUUCGGAGUGGCUGAUUAUGUGCGUUGGUUUCUUUUUCACCGCAAUCGCCGGCGCUGCACAACCCGUUCAGGGUAUUUUCUUUGCAAAGUCGAUUGUCGCCUUGUCUCAGCCUUUGACUAUGCGUCAUCAAAUCCGCCACGAUAUUAAUUUCUGGUCGUUGAUGUACUUGAUGUUGGCUUUCGUUGACCUCUUGGCGAUGGUAAUCCAGGGAAUUGCAUUCGCAUAUUGUAGCGAAAGCCUUAUUCAACGAGCAAGAGAUGGUGCUUUCCGGAGAUUCCUCCGACAAGACAUUGCUUUCUUUGACGAGGAUCAGAACUCGACUGGUGCAUUGACGUCCUUCCUCUCGACUGAAACGACGCACCUCUCAUCGAUUUCUGGAGCGACAUUGGGCACUCUGAUCAGCUGCACUACAACGUUGGUCGUGGCCAUAGCGAUUUCUCUGGCAAUCGGUUGGAAGCUCGCUCUAGUCUGCAUGACUGCUCUUCCCGUUAUCCUCGGGACAGGUUUCUUCCGGUUCUGGACCUUGGCCAGAUUCAGUGCGACUGCUCAGAAAGCUUAUGAGAAGUCCGCCGGAUAUGCUUGUGAACACACCAAUGCUAUUCGCACGGUGGCUUCACUGACCACGGAACGGGAGGUCUACGACGAGUACAAGAGGCAGCUUCGACUUCAGCUUCGUGCAUCCCUCAAAUCGAAUCUCCGCAACUCAUCUCUAUACGCAGCUUCUCAAUCAGCAAUGUUCCUUGCUUUCGCCUUGGGUUUCUGGUAUGGAGGAAAGCUAUUGGUUCGUGGCGAAUACACGUUGUUCCAAUUCUUCAUUGUCUUCUCUGAAAUCAUCUUUGGCGCACAAUCAGCCGGGACCGUCUUUUCCUUUGCGGGAGACAUGUCAAAAGCUAAGAAUGCCGCUGCGGCACUAAAGAAACUGUACGAUCGCCAGCCGAGCAUUGAUCCAUGGUCCAUGGACGGCGAGAAGAUUACGGACGUCGAAGGCACCAUUGAAUUCAGAGAUGUACACUUUCGCUAUCCGACGAGACCCGAUGUGCCCGUGCUUCGUGGUCUUAAUUUGACCGUCAAACCUGGGCAGUACAUUGCGCUGGUAGGACCUUCUGGAUGCGGCAAGUCCACAACAAUCGCGCUCAUGGAGCGAUUCUACGAUCCCCUCUCGGGCGGAGUGUACGUGGAUGGCAAGGAAAUCUCAUCACUCAAUCUUACCGACUACCGAUCCCACCUCGCUCUUGUGUCGCAAGAACCUACCCUGUAUCAAGGAACGAUCAAGGAAAACAUCUUGCUGGGUGCUGACAGAGGCGAAGUCAGUGACGAAUUGAUCAUCCAGGCUUGUAAAGACGCCAACAUUUAUGACUUUAUCAUGUCUUUACCUGAUGGCUUUGCCACGGAUGUUGGCAGCAAAGCUGCUCUUCUCUCGGGUGGACAGAAGCAGCGAGUAGCGAUUGCACGAGCCCUUCUGCGUGAUCCAAAGAUUCUCCUCCUGGAUGAAGCGACGUCAGCCCUUGACUCUGAAUCAGAGAAGGUAGUACAAGCCGCCCUCGAUGCGGCCGCCAAGGGAAGAACGACAAUUGCUGUCGCCCACAGACUGAGCACCAUCCAAAAAGCCGAUAUCAUUUAUGUGUUUGAUAAAGGUGUUAUUGCAGAACAAGGAACACAUCACGAGCUCAUGGCAUUGAAGGGUCGAUACCGAGAGCUGGUCAGUCUUCAAAGCUUGGAGAAACAGCGGUAAUAGUCUGCGCCAUUGGUCAUUUUCUUGAUCUAAGGACAAGAUGACUACACACGCACCGAAGCUCUCCAUCAAAUAGACGACGCUCUAACAGCCGAUUGGACCGUACCGUCGACAGACCACAGCAUGCAGACAUCGUUUCUAGUUGGAAAUAGAGCGCAAAGUCUUGUAGUGGUUCACACACUCUCUGCUCCUUUGGAUAGAGCACUCAGUGUAUCUUGGAUAGCCGGGGUAGAAAGAGGUGGUAGGAAAGACGGCCACUGAUCAAAACCGCACUUUGGAGAUGGUCAGAGAGGUAUUUGUACAAUUGUACUCCAUGCGAAGAGAUGGCCUUGCUUGUGAGGUCCACUCAUCCUAGUAAUCAUAGACCUUUGAAAUAGAUUUGUCUCAGG